UGUGCUGCAUGCAUAACAACGACAAUACACACUGUACCUUGCUAUAUUAGCCACCAAGAAGCUUCUUAACGUUAGCCAACAAAUAAAACUACAAUUGUUAAAAUUUGGAAAAUGACAGCCAGUGCAGGGAACUGACGAAAGCAUUCUCUAUGAACAGUCCGUACCGCGUGGAUUAUUUGAUUUCAGUCCGUCUUUGAAUUAAAACGAGGUAUAUCCUUGCUCAGCACCCAGAGCAGUAAGAGCACCUACUCCAGCAGAUCCAGAAAAUGUUAAAGAAAUGAUAGCAGCGCAGGACUUGCACACUGAGUUUCAGUUUCCUCAAGAGGCAGAAUCUCAGUUGUCUUCAGAUACUGACCUUGAGGAUCCCGAUGGCAAAAAUGCGAAGACAGGAAAGGGCGUGGCAGCCAAGAAAGGGAAGAAGGCGCUUGGAGACAAGGCCAAAGGUGGUGGAGCUGGGAGGGUCACUGGUCCCGGCUGGGUGAAUGGCCACCAUCAGGAGAAUGGAAUGGAGAACAUGACCUUGUUUGAGGUGGUUAAAAUGGGGAAGAGCGCCACACAGUCUGUGGUUGAUGACUGGAUUGAGGCAUACAAACAUGACAGGGACACCACUCUUUUGGACUUAAUCAACUUCUUCAUUCAGUGCUCUGGCUGUAAAGGUGCUGUGAGUGGAGAGAUGUUCAGACAUAUGCAGAACUCGGAAAUCAUCCGGAAAAUGACAGAGGAGUUUGAUGAGGACAGCGGCGACUAUCCAUUAACCCUCUCAGGACCACAGUGGAAGAAAUUCAGGAUAAACUUCUGCGACUUCAUUGCGGUUCUGGUGCGACAGUGUCAGUACAGCAUCAUUUAUGACGAGUAUAUGAUGGACACAAUCAUCUCGCUACUCACCGGCCUGUCUGACUCACAGGUCAGGGCCUUUAGACACACAAGCACACUAGCAGCCAUGAAGUUGAUGACAGCCUUGGUGAACGUGGCUCUGAACCUAAGCAUCAAUAUGGACAACACACAGAGACAGUAUGAGGCAGAAAGGAACAAGGUCAUUGCUAAGAGGGCCAAUGAUAGGUUGGAGCUACUGUUACAGAAGCGCAAAGAGCUUCAAGAAAAUCAAGAUGAAAUUGAAAACAUGAUGAAUGCAAUCUUCAAGGGAGUGUUUGUUCACAGAUAUCGCGAUGCCAUUGCUGAAAUCAGAGCCAUUUGUAUUGAGGAAAUAGGAGUGUGGAUGAAGCUGUACAGUGACGCCUUCCUUAAUGACAGCUACCUAAAGUAUGUUGGCUGGACAAUGCAUGACAAGCAAGGUGAAGUGCGUCUGAAGUGCCUGACUGCCCUGCAAGGCCUGUUCUACAACAGAGAACUCAGCACUCGGCUGGAACUCUUCACAAGCCGCUUCAAGGAUCGCAUUGUUUCUAUGACUCUGGAUAAGGAGUAUGAUGUUGCAGUGCAAGCUAUUAAACUUCUGACACUUGUCCUACAGAGUAGUGAUGAGGUUCUGACAGCAGAGGACUGUGAGAGUGUUUAUCAUCUGGUUUACUCUGCACAUCGACCCAUCGCCAUCGCAGCGGGGGAGUUCCUGUUCAAAAAGUUGUUUAGCCAUCGAGGUCCUGAGGAGGAGGGAUUACCCAGGAGGGGCAGGCAGAGCCUCAACGGCAGCCUGAUCAAGACUACUGUGUUCUUCUUCUUGGAGAGUGAGCUCCAUGAACAUGGGGCCUACUUAGUGGAUAGCCUGUGGGAGUGUGCGUCAGAGCUGCUAAAGGACUGGGAGACUAUGAUCAGCUUGUUGCUGGAUGAGCCAAUGCCAGGAGAGGAAGCUCUAAACGAUCGUCAGGAGACAGCCCUGGUUGAAAUCAUGCUCUGUGCCAUUCGGCAGGCUUGCGAAUGUCAUCCUCCUGUAGGCAGAGGCACGGGGAAGAGGGUCCUGACUGCAAAAGAAAAGAAAACACAGCUGGAUGAUCGGACACGAGUCACAGAGAUGUUUGCAGUUGCUUUGCCUCUGUUAUUGGCAAAGUACUGCGUUGAUAUUGAUAAGGUGACCAAUUUGCUACAGAUACCAAAGUUCUUUGAUCUUGACAUCUACACAACUGGGCGUUUAGAAAAGCAUUUAGACGCACUGUUGCGACAAAUCUGGGAAGUUGUGGAUAAGCACACAGACACUGAGGUCCUGGAGGCCUGCUCUACCACCUACCACUAUCUCUGCAACGAGGAGUUCACCAUCUUCAACCGUGUGGACAUCGCCCGCUCCCAGCUUCUUGACGAGCUUGUAGACAAGUUUAAUAGACUCCUGGAGGACUUCCUGCAAGAGGGUGAAGAACCUGAUGAGGAUGAUGCUUACCAGGUUCUAUCCACACUUAAGAAGAUCACCACUUUCCACAAUGCACACGACCUCACUAAGUGGGAUCUCUUCACCAGCAACUACAGGCUACUCAACACAGGUCUACAGAAUGGCGAUAUGCCUGAACAGAUUGUGGUUCAUGCAAUGCAGUGCACACAUUACAUCAUCCUGUGGCAUCUAGCGAAGGUUUCAGAUGGCACUUCAGUAAAGGGUGACAUGGUGACCUUGAGAAAGCAAAUGCGAGCUUUCUGUUUAAUGUGUCAGCGCUACAUAAACACCAUCAACAACGCAGUCAAAGAGCAGGCCUUCACUAUACUGUGUGAUCUGCUACUGAUCUUCAGUCACCAAAUUAUGUCUUCAGGCCGGGAACAGUUGGAGUCUCUGGUCUAUUCGCCAGACUCUUCUUUGCAGGCAGAGCUGCUCAACUUCAUCCUGGAUCAUGUUUUCAUUGAUCAGGAUGAUGACAACAGCACAGAUGGACAACAAGAUGAUGAAGCCAGUAAAAUUGAAGCUCUACAUAAGAGGAGAAACCUUCUUGCUGCCUAUUGCAAAUUAAUCAUUUACAAUGUUGUGGAAAUAAACACCGGAGCAGAUAUAUUUAAACAGUACAUGAGGUAUUACAACGAUUAUGGAGAUAUUAUCAAGGAAACAAUGAGUAAGACGAGACAAAUCGACAAAAUCCAGUGUGCAAAGACGCUCAUAUUGAGCCUGCAAAAGUUGUUCAAUGACAUGUUGUCUGAACUCGGCUUCAAUUUCGACCGCUCAUCAUCAGCCUUCUGCGGCAUAAAAGAGCUCGCCCGACGCUUCUCAUUGACGUUUGGUUUGGAUCAGCUGAAGACCAGAGAGGCUAUUGCCAUGUUACAUAAAGACGGGAUUGAGUUUGCCUUUAAAGAGCCAAGUCCCCAAGGAGAAGGAAGUCCACCGCUUAAUUUAGCAUUUUUGGAUAUCCUGAGUGAGUUCUCUAGCAAACUAAUUCGACAGGACAAGAGGACAGUUCACAUGUACUUGGAGCGAUUCAUGACAUUUCAGAUGGCCCUGCAGAGAGAAGACUGCUGGCUGCCUCUCAUCUCAUACAGAAAUUCUCUGCAGGCUGGAGCAGAUGACGACACUAUGUCUGUAAUUAGUGGGAUCAGCAGUCGAGGCUCCACUGUCAGGAGUAAGAAAUCCAAGCCAGCCACUGCCAGCAAAAGAAAAUUGCCUGAAGAAGAGAACAGCAGUAGCAGCAGCGAUGCGGUUUGGAUGAACCGUGAGCAGAAUGUGCAAACGCCAGUGAUGAUGCAUUCACCCCAUCUAACUUCCACUGUACUGAGGGAUCCAAAGAAAAUGAGGCCAGAGGAUAGCUUCACAGCCACGUUCACCAUGCCAGCAGAGCAGCAUCCCCAUCAACCUGUGCCUCCUCAGCAGCAGCAGCCACACCCUCAACACCAGACUACCAUUGAUUACAAUACCCAGGUUACUUGGAUGCUGACACAAAGGCAACAAGCUGAAGCCCGUCAGCAGCAAGAGCGGGUUAGCAUGCACUACGCCAAGAUGAGGAACCACAUGCAGCAAGCAAUUCGUCGAGGCUCUGGGCUCAUGGAGGAUGAUGAGGAGCCAAUAGUGGAGGAUGUGAUGAUGUCAUCUGAAGACCGCUUGGAAGAUAUCAAUGAGGGCAUGGAUUUUGACACAAUGGACAUCGAUUUGCCGGCAUCAAAGAAUCGCAGAGAAAGAACCGAACUGAAGCCAGAUUACUUUGAUCCAUCUUCCAUCAUGGAUGAUUCGGUUCUCAAUGUUUCAAUGUUUUAAUAUGAAAAGGACAGCAUGUCAUCGAACUCCUGGGACGGUGAAAUGACUCUUUAUAAAUGAGAGUGGACUGGACUAGUAGGCUUGUGAGACACCAAUGUUUGCCUCUUUAACACUUUGUUAAAACUUAGAAGGAGUGCUUGAGCUUGGAUUUGAAUUUUAUUCUGCUAUUUUCACACACCGGAUUUUGGUCACACUGCGGCAGAGAUGUUUCGGUUUUUGUUCAGUCGCCCUAAAAAAACUUGAUGCCAGCUAUCACUUGGCUACACUUGUUAUAAUGUGUGAAGCGGUACAGGUACGGAUAUUGUGUAGCAGUUUGCAUGGUGAUGGGACAAUAACAGGUCAAAAUUCAAGUGAAUGAUGUAUACCUUUAAACUCUUUAAGUAGACGAAAAAUGUCUGUAAAUACAUAGCGGCCAAUAUACAGGGAGGGUGAACACAAUUUCAUGAACACCAGAAAAUAUAAUAGGCUUGCAGAAUAACACUACUGUUUUGAUGCUUGUAGUGUUCAGUUAUUGUUGAACACUAUAAUAACCCUGCACUUGGUCACAGAGGUGGUAAUUGUGCUGGAUGGUCAUUUUUAAGCUUUACAUCGAGAAACUAUCUUAGGUUUAAACGAACCCCCUCUCUGAUGCAAUCCGGACAUACGCUGAACAUAUAAUGUUUCAUAAUGGCAGCAGUUAUUAAAUGGCUACUGCGUUAUAUUGGAAGGGUGUCAGUGGUAUUGUUGUUCACCUUCUGAACUUUUAAACUGUAGAUUCUGGCAUGGCAUGUAGCCAUAUAUCAAAACAUGUACACAGUAAGUAUAAUGUGAACUGGCGUGUCAUACUGUUUAAAGGCCUUGCCACAAGUUAUAUAUAUACAGCAUUCUCAGAUUUCUUUGUGAUGGUAUUUUUUAGAGACAUGUGUUCUGCUUUUAUACCUUCUAGAUAACUUUGAUUUAUAGAUAUUUUGUAAUGACAAUCAAAUGUAAAUUAAUGGUUUCUAUUAAUCAUGUUAUUUCACAUAGAGAUUGAAAUGAUCCUUUUUAAAGGAAAUGAUUAUGUUACUAUAGAUGUGGCCAGCUGUAUUUUCUUUUCGUCUCUCUGUAGCGAACGGGUACAAACGUACCUCAUUGCUCAGAUGUAGUAAUUUGACAAAUUGAGGCUGCAUCUAAAAUUAUUUUUUAAUGUUGGAAGAAAUCACAAUGUUGUAAAACUUUGACUCAACCUCAAAUAUGUAAUCUCUCCUAUAUAUUAACUAUUUUUUUCCACUGUAUAGUAUCUAGUAAUAUCUAAUAUUAGAGACAUGCCAUGAUUGCAAUCUUUAAAAGAAAGGAUUUUUAAAAUGGUUGAGAACGAUGUGUGUUUGUUUGGUUUUGUUUUGUUUUUUGUAUUUGCAGGUGUUCAGAAAUAGUUUUUCAAACUGCCAGUUUGGUUGGUUUGCGACUGCUGCGUAUUUAAGAGUUAUAGAAAUAUUCUAAAUUACAAAGCUUCUAAAUUCUUUAGCCAACAAUCAUAGUAUCAGAAUUGUAUAUUAUACAGUUACAAAUGUGUAAUAUAUUGUGAAUCGGUGCUCAUUUUAUAUUUACUGUUUCUUUUUGUGUGAAAUUUUGGGGAAUUGUCAAAGGAAAAGAAUGUAAGUCUUUGACAUUAAUCUACUAAUUUGUAAGUGCACACACAGUGCAUUGUUUUUUUUUUCUUUGUUUUACCGUGGAUUGUUCCGGUAUUUCUUCUGUGUAUUGGCCUGGCUGGCAGAAUCAGACUUUAUGAAAGAAGGUGUAAUCAUAUUGUAGCUGAAAAUGAACCUUAUUUCCUCAGUGUCACUAUAAUCUGGAGAAUCAAAUCAUCAGGUCUUAACCCUCCUGUUAUGUUGACCCAGAACAGAAGAGAUGUCAUCUGCAUCACUACAGAAAACCAGAAAAUCAAAAUUAUACAAGAAAAUUGUAAAAUAAUCAAUGCCAGUGUUUCUGACACUUUUUGGAUGAGUACACAUGCCCUGGGUCAAAUUGACCCAGGAACAUAAUUGGUGUUCCUGGAAACCAACAUAACAAGAGGGUUAAACAUUACCACAUACAUAAUAACUUUUCAUGUUAGGCAAAUGAGAAAAACACAUCUUAGACUUGUCUGUAAAUUUACAUGACUCAUGUCAUUUUGGAGCUUUUCUGUUUUGCAUCAAACUGCUGAAAAUGUGCAAACAUCUGUACGUUUAUACAUAUUUAAAUAUUUGCGUAUAUUAAAUUUGUGUUUAUAUUCUAUUUACAAAGUGCCCAUUGCAUCCUUUACGGUUUGUAUUUAUGUAUGGAGAUGUAACAUGAACAGAAUAAACCCUCUACAACUGUGUGACGACUUAA